AUGAUUCCAAAGCACCACAUUCCAUAUUCUAUGGAAAAUUAUACACGGCAGUCAACUGAUAAUCUAAGUUCAGUCACUUCUGGAUUUUGUCAUCAGAUGUACGCGUCGGAGUCUGUCAAACCAAAACAACGACAACGUAAAAGAAGUAACUCCAAGAGCAGCGACGGUAUAGUAAGUGUAUCUUCACCAGAAAGUAUUGACGAUUCUUCUCCCAAGAAACUCAAGAAAAAACCACAACUGUCUUUUGAGGAUAUACAGACCCAACGAGUCAUGGCUAAUGUCAGAGAGCGACAGAGGACACAGUCACUCAAUGAUGCCUUUGCUCAACUCCGCCAGAUUAUUCCUACAUUACCAUCGGAUAAACUUAGUAAAAUUCAAACAUUAAAACUAGCCACUCGGUAUAUCGACUUUUUGUACAAUGUUCUACAAACAGAAGAAUAUUGGGACAACACGUGUAACAAUAAAAUGACUCCUAGUUGUAACUACAUGGCUAAUGAGAGGCUCAGUUAUGCCUUUUCGGUGUGGAGGAUGGAAGGAGCUUGGACAAUGCCUACAGAGUGA